UUAAAAAUAUUAUAUAAAAUAAAAUGACUGGUAGAGGCAAAGGUGGAAAAGGCUUAGGAAAGGGAGGAGCUAAACGUCAUAGAAAAGUUCUUAGAGAUAAUAUCCAGGGAAUAACCAAACCAGCUAUCCGAAGACUGGCUAGACGAGGUGGUGUCAAACGAAUUUCCGGGCUCAUUUACGAAGAAACUCGCGGCGUGCUAAAAGUUUUCCUAGAAAAUGUUAUCAGAGACGCUGUUACUUACACUGAACACGCGAAGAGGAAGACGGUCACCGCCAUGGACGUUGUUUACGCCUUGAAAAGACAAGGACGAACCCUUUAUGGUUUCGGCGGAUAAGAAUAAAUCUUGCUCCCAAUGCAAAUAAUACCCAACAGCCCUUUUUAGGGCUACCAAU